CGGAUUGAUCUGGCCAUACCCGUUGACCCGUUGACCGCUAAAAUGCCGCCCAAGCUCCAAUAAUCUUCUGCCACUGCGAAUUUUGGGUGAAGAUAGGCGAGAUUAGUAGGAGAGGCCGCCAUGGCUGAAAAUGAGAAUGCCUUCUCUGAGCUCUCCGACGACAUCGUUCUCAACAUUUUCUACAGGCUCGAUGGAGACCCACGCAACUGGGCACGACUCUCCUGUGUCUCAACCAAAUUCUCUUCUCUCAUCCGUAACCUAUGCUGCAAAUCCAAGUGCUCACAGACGAUUUCCUCCGUCGUUUCCGAUCUCGUCUCCGCCUCCUCCGUGGCUCCUCCUGGCGGUUGGCUUUCUCUCUACAAGCUAGCUUUCUGUUGUCCUGGCCUCCUCCACGCCGGAGUGCUCAUAGAGAAUUCCGAUUUCGGCCUCCAACGCGAGCUCGGCCCGGAUGAGGAUUUCCUAGCCGCCGCCUCUGAGAAGACUCUCUCUAUCGUCAAGAGCGACGGCGUCGGUUCUGAACAACCUGAUUGUAGCUGGUCUUUGUUUGACGAUCUCAUGUUUGAUACUCUCUGCGAUGCUUCCGAAUCAUCAUCAAACCAAGUGCGCGACGAUUCUACCAAAAGGCCUCCGUCUCCAACGACGGAAAAUUCAAUCGAAAUCCUCAGAUCUAAGAGAAGAAGAACAGUCAGAUCUAGUUGUUCUCAUAUGGCAUCCGGAGCCUGGAAUUUGAGUCGUGAGCACGGGAUUAAACUCCUUGCGAGUAGAUUCAGAGAGGAUCGCCUGUACAUAUCCGAUUGGCCAGGUUGCCUUCACAUCGAGGAGAAGAGGAACUACAUGCUAUUUCGAGGAAUAUUCAAGAAUUUCAAGCAGUCUAGGGUUUGGAGGACAAUUAAUGACGGGGACAAGAAACAGACGGAUCUGAGUUGCGCAUUCUGCAACGCCAAACAGACGUGGGACUUGCAUUCUGCGUUCUGCUUAAGAAGGUAUUUUGGGUUCCAUGAAGACGGUGAGCAGGUUGUGCGAGCCUAUGUUUGUGAGAAUGGACAUGUUUCAGGAGCUUGGACUGAUUGGUCCUUGUAUACCUGAAUCAUCUUCCUUCUCCUUUCCCUUAUCUAAUCUAUAUGAUUAUUAUGUUCAACAAAUCUUAUUCAGAUGCAUUUAUUUUGAUUGCUCUUUAGCUGCUCCUACUGAUAAGCCAUCACGGCCAAUAAAUUUGAAUUAUUGAUAAAUCUGCUCUUACUCCUGCUGAACCAUUUCUGGUCUUGCUUGGUUUUUACAUUUCUAUGAAAGGCUGGAAAUAGGGCAUUGUAUCCAUUUGUCUUCAUGUUUGAAGUCUUUGGUUUUUGAUUGUUCCUUUUCAUUGCUUUCUUUCUUAAUAUCAUCA